AAUAUAAUCAAUGAAUAGAAAACAUUUAUUGGAUGACAAGUCGAACUCGUCCUCGAGGUCAGUUUCUAGAGCCAGAACCCCCAGGCCAGAUGGAGAAGAAAAUGGGCAAUUGGACUUUGCCUUCAGUAAUUUGGAGGAACUAUUAAGCUCAAAGCUAGAAAAUCUUGAAGGAUGGAGAGAGCAGAACUAUGAUUUCAAACAAGAUACAGUAAACGAAUGGAACAGGGCCCGAAUCACUUCCAGUGGCUCCAUAAAGGAAUUAAUACAUUCCUUACAGGUUUCUAGAAAUGAAGUUUCUUCAGAUUCAAGAGAAUUGAUUCUAGCACAAUUGUAUAAGUUGAUUGUGGUUAAAUCCUUACUUGUGUAUAACGAAUCCAGAAUUGGCACUGACGACUACGUGGGUGAAGAAAGCGUCCUGGACUUGAUUUUCAUAUUGAUGAGAAGAGAUGCCAGAUCUCCUCAGGAAUUUUUAUUACUUUACAGAUGCACAAUUGCCUUAAUUGUCAGUGAUAUUGAUGAAUUCAGCUCUUUGGCCGAUGGAGAAUUCAUGUUAUUUAUGAAGAGCUUGAUCACUGAACCUGCUACGGCCAUAAUCACCAAUGAGAACAAAAGUCAUGUCAUAUCUGGUUAUGUUGGUCUCUUGAUGAUUUUACAUAACGGAUCUUCUGGUUAUGGAAUUGACUCCACAAUAUCCUGGUUGUACGAAAUUACUGAAGGUUAUUGUUUGAGUGCAUUGACUAGUAUAAGAGACUUCAAGGAGGGAAACCGUGAAUACUCUACUUUUUUCGACGAUCUUAGUAAGCAAAGAAUUGUUAAUGAAUUGACGACAAAACAAAAUAGUGAGGCCUUGAUCGGGAUAGCUGGUCUACAUGGAGUUGGUUGCUUAUUGACUCUUGUACCUCGAAAUGACUUUUUAAAUGAAAUCAUUGAGGACCUUAUUCCCAAGUUACUUGAAUUAUUUGAUAACGAGUUGAAUGUUGAUAUUAGUAAGGCUAGUGGACGAGUGAUAGCUCUUUGCUAUGAGGUUUAUCAUUAUAGAAAUGAUGAAGAUGAAGAUAAUGAUGCUGAUUUUAAUGACAAUUCACCAUAUUAUGAACAAGAAGAAAUAACUUCCGUGUUGACAAGACUUGUAAAUUUGAACGAUAAAAAGGUUAGCAAGAAGGACAAAAAGGAUAUCCAUUCCAUAUUCAGAGACAUUUUAAAUACAGUGGAGAAUUACGGUAAUUAUGAUACCCGUAUUGAAAUAUUGAAGAGAAGUCCUAGGGGACUUGAGAUCUUGAGUGAAAUCAUGGAUUUGAACUUUAUCAAAUUAAGUAAAACCAGGUCAAUUCAGAUUAAUAGUUGGUUUUUGUACAUAAGACUCAUCCAUCUCAAAUGGUGUUUUAGUUUUGGUGUACACAACCAGUUAAUCUCAAACCCUCUGGCAAGGGAUGUCCUAAAAGAACCACCUACCGACUUCGAAGUCAAAUAUGGAUACGAGGGUGACGAAGACGAAGAAAAUAACUCUAGUUAUUACAAUGAUACCAAGUACGAGAUGGACGAUAAAAAGAGAACAAAAAAGUUGAAUAAACUUAGAGUCAAUAAGUUGACUGAAGAGAUGGAAGACUUGGGAUUAAACAAGUAG